UAGUGUCGGCAGUAAUUUUUAUGAAUUACGCGUCGUAAUCGUCUUUGGAUGAAAUUUUAAAUUUGAUGUUUAAAGUGAUAUUGUAGUAGACACAUGAAAUAUUUAAAAUGAAUGUGAUAUCGUGUUGGAUAUUGAUUGCAAGUGUUCUCGAAUUAGUGACAGCAGAAUGGAAUACAAAAGAUUAUAUGAAACGAGAACAUUCUUUAAUCAGACCGUAUCAAGGGUCUGCAAUGACGAUACCUUAUUGGGAUUUCAUGGGUAGUACAAUGAUAACAAAUAACUAUAUACGAUUAACACCAGAUCUACAAAGUAAACAGGGUGCCAUAUGGAAUACUGUUCCAUGUUAUGUAAGAAAUUGGGAGCUUCAAGUUCACUUUAAAGUCCAUGGAAAAGGAAGAGACUUAUUUGGAGAUGGUUUUGUUAUUUGGUAUGCAAAAGAGAGAAUGAAAUCUGGUCCUGUAUUUGGAAAUCAGGAUUACUUCCAAGGAUUAGCUAUCAUUUUAGAUACCUACAGUAAUCACAAUGGUCCUCACAAUCAUCAACAUCCUUAUAUUUCUGCUAUGGUCAAUAAUGGUUCUUUGCAUUAUGAUCAUGACCGUGAUGGAACUCAUACACAACUUGCAGGUUGCGAAGCAAACUUUAGAAAUUUAGAACAUGAUACACAUAUAGCUGUACGAUAUGAAAGAGAUACAUUGACUGUUUCCACAGACUUUGCAAAUAAGGCUGCAUGGAAAGAGUGUUUCUCUGUAAAGGACAUAAAGCUACCCACGGGUUAUUUUUUCGGAAUUUCCUCAACAACAGGAGAUUUAUCCGAUAAUCACGAUGUAUUAUCGAUUCGUUUAUUUCAAUUAGACUUGCCAGAUGAUCCAAAAGAUCAGGAAGAUAGGUCGAAGAUUUUACCGUCAGCUACGUAUUUUGAUGCUCCUAGAGAACAUAUAGAUGAUCCAAAGCAAUCUGCCUUAAGCAAAAUAAUGUUUUUCCUCUUAAUGCUCGUAUGCGCACUUGCGCUAAUCGCAUGUGUUGUAAUAGGAAUUAUGUGGUAUCAAAAGCAUCAGGAAAAUAGUAGGAAACGUUUUUACUAAAUACAGGUAUUAUAUAAACUGUUUUGCUUUUGAAUUUCUCGUUUAUAUCGGGUGUUCUUUCUAUAAAAAGUAAGGUGUAAUUAUAGUGUUCAUAAGACUGUUUCUUUGAAUAUUGAUAUGGCAAUCAUUGUCUCAACUCAUGAGAAAAUGAUGUUGAAGAAGUAUUUUCUAAGACAAACAAAUACAUAUAUCAGCAGAUAA